GAUUGGUACGACGUUUGAUUCUUACGCUACACUGCUUUUGACAGAAAAAAAAUUGGGCGUAAAAAAACUUUACAAAACAAAUAUUCAAGGAGUUAAUGAAUGAGUGACAUGGAUGUAACAAUCAGGCUAGUGUUUCAUUAAAGCAAUUCAUUUGUAAUGGUUAAAGUCGUCAAUAUGAUAUGAUGUGAUACAAGGUUCCAGAUAAUGUCUGAAGUGGAGAAGGCAGACUGUGAAAAGUCUGCCACCACUAAAACCAAUAUACCCCACCCACCUAACAAGGAAAGUGAGGACCAGUCUGCGAAAAAUGCUGACUCAUCUUGCACAAAUGGGAACCAGUCAAAACAGGAAACAGCAGGAACAAGUACAUGUGAUGAGGAAAAGGAAAAAGAAGGAACGGAUGUUCCCCAGCCCUCUGAUUUGGAACUUCUGGCAAAAUUAGAAGAAGCAAAUAGGCAAAUAGCGCUAAGUCCCUCGUCUGUGACAACUACCAAUCCUACAGAGCUUGAACUGAUAGCAAAACUAGAGGAGGCUAACAGAUUGCUGGAGGCAGAUAAAAAGGGGAUAACUCCGUCUCACUCAAGGUCAGAAUCGUCUUCCGGUCUUGUUGGCAAUGGUCACUCACGUAAAGGAUCUUCUACGAGUCAGAUCUCCACAAACUCCAGUACAAGUCAGCAAGUUGAAGAAGAUGCUGGGAACUCUGGCAACAACUUGUGGGAAAUAUGGGGCAAGUUGGUCAAUGAUUGGGCAAGUGCUAAGAAAAAACCAGCAUUUAUCAAGCAACUGGUUAGAAAAGGUAUCCCUCACCCAUUUCGUGGCCUGGCCUGGCAGUUACUGUUAGGCGUUAACCACUCGCCCAUGAAGGACAUGUACGUAGAAUAUCUUAAACAGAAGUCUCCUAGCGAGAAGAUGAUACGACGGGAUAUUGCCAGAACAUUUCCCGAACACGACUUCUUUAAAGAGAAAGAUGGCGUUGGCCAAGAAAGUUUGUUCAAUGUUAUGAAGGCAUAUUCCCUUCAUGAUAGAGAAGUAGGCUAUUGUCAGGGGAGUGGAUUUAUUGUUGGCUUACUUCUUAUGCAGAUGCCAGAAGAAGAGGCUUUUGCUGUACUUGUAAAAUUAAUGCAGGAUUACCGACUGCGAGAGUUGUUCAAACCUAGUAUGGCAGAGCUGGGACUCUGUAUGUAUAAACUGGAAUGUCUAAUCCAGGAGCUGUUACCAGACUUGUUCACCCACUUUCAAACCCAGUGCUUUCACACUUCUAUGUAUGCUUCCUCGUGGUUUCUGACACUGUUUGCCACUAAUAUACCACUUUCUGUAGCUUGUCGUGUAAUGGAUUUAUUUAUUUCUGAAGGAAUGGAUGUGAUAUUUCGUAUAGGAAUUGCGAUUCUGCAAUCUAGUCAACCCCACCUACUGUCUAUGGAUAUGGAAUGCAUGUUGCAGCACUUCCAGAAAGACGUCUCUAUAUUGUUUCAGAGGGACGAGGAUACCCUCUUUAACAUGGCUUAUCAGAUCCGCUUUAGUGCCAAAAAGUUCAAGAGAUUAGAGAAAGAGUAUACUGCUUUAAAAAGCAAAGAAAACGAAGAUCAAAUUGAACUAAGGAGAUUACGCACAGAAAACCGGCUUUUACGACAACGAAUUGAUAAUCUGGAAAAGGAAUCAGCAUCGCUGGCCGAUCGGCUGAUCCAGUACCAGUUAACGCGAGCCCAGGAGGCAGAGGAAACUUACGCUCUCAAGAAUGAACUGUCUCUAAUCAAACAAAAAUACUCACUCUCACAAAAACAGCUUAAAGACGCAGAGGCACUUCUAGGUGAUAUCAAAGAAAGGACUGAUAGCAUACACUCGGCAUCGUCUCUGGACGAGGGGGAGGCCCAAGUUGUGAUUCAAAGCUUACAGGAGGAACUAAUCAUGGUGCGGCUGAGAGAAGCCGAGAACUCUGACACAAUUAAACGUCUACGAACCAAAAUUGAUGAACUUGAACAAUUGAACACUCGUCUACAGCAGGCCCCUAGUAAUGAUGUUCAGUGUUUACAAGAGGAACUUAUUGCCGUCAAAUUACGUGAGGCAGAGGCAAACCUCUCACUAAAGGAAAUGAGACAGAUUAUUACCGACCUUGAGUCUAAUUGGCAGAAUCACCUUGCAAGUGUUGACCCUGUCUCAUCCCCGAAGGAGAAGAAUAACAAAAGUGAGCUGAAGUCUGAGCUGAAACGCACACAAGAAGAGCUUAUGACGUCCAAACUCAGGGAAGCAGGUGCCCUGUCCCAUUUGAAAGAUGCAAAACAAAGAGUUAUGGAACUUGAAACAUCGAAUCAAAUCUGUAACAAUCAGAUAAGAAGAAUGGAUGAUGAAAAUAAAAGAUUGAAGAGUGAAAUUGAAGAGCAUUCUAAGUCAGACGAGGAAUUAAGUAAACAAAUUAAAACUCUACUUAGAAAGAUUGAUGAUUUAGAAUCCAAGAGGAGGGAGGAAAGUAUGAUGGCUAGAAUAAGAGAGGCCGAGAGUGACCAGUUAGUUGGUGAACUAAAACAGAAAAUAGCUCAAAUUGAAAUACAGAGAGAAGAGGUGCUAGCUGCAGAUCAGUUAGAAUCCAAGGGAGGUAAACAAGACCUGGAGAACACCAUUUAUGAUCUUCAGGAAGAGGUCAUGCAAUUAAAAAUGGCAGCUUCCCCCAAAUCUCCUAAUACCUCAGCCUCCUCUUCUAGUACAAGAUCAGCAAGUAAAGUAGAAGAUGAUGAGUUUAAUGAUAAUGAUGAUGAUGAUGACGAUAUUGAAGAUCCUGAAAGUCUAAACAGGACACUAUCUGAAAUCAUAGAAGGAAAGCGUAGCAGUACCAGUCUUAUAGCAAUUUUAAAUCGUGAUAACUCAGACUGUGACAGUAUAAAAUCCAGCAGUUCUGAGGCAUCUGGAACCAGUCUAAAAUUAGCAAAAAGUAACUCUUUUAAGGGAUCGAAGACUGGAGAUUUUGAUAGAUUGACUAGUGUUGAGGAAUCUGGGAAUAUGAGGGAAAUAAACCUUGGUGCUGUAAACCAGUCUAGCGGUGAUAUUGAUGAAAACAGUGCAAUAAACAAGUCAAGUUGUGACAGGGAGAAAUCAGAGGAGCAGUCUGAUUUUUUGACUGGAUCACAGACUUGUGUACAAAAUAAUGAUAAAAAUAGUGCAAUCACUGAGGCACAGUCUAAGAAAGAGAUUAAUGAACUGGCAAAUGGGGAAGUGUUACCGGAAAUAGAUGCAAAUGAAAAUAUCAGUGUUAAAGGAGAGGUAAAACAAUCUACAGAAAAUGCAAAUAAAACUAGCUGCUCUAAUGUGUCUGCAUGACAUAUGCCCACCAGACUAUUUUAUGUUUGAUGUAUUGAUUUGAAUUGUUUUUAUGUUAUAUACACAAUGUCACUUUUCCAACAGAUACUAUUAUUACUCUCUCCUACAGAUAUUAAAUAAUGUGCCAGUACUUGUUAGAUUAUAGCAAAAUAUGAAUAUGAUUGCAAUAAUCGUCCUUCUUUCAAAUUGACUCUGCUAUUCCACCCCCUUCUAUAUUUAUCUUACUUAAUCAAAGAAUAGUUGCCCCUGUGUCAUUGUGGGUGUCACCUUCACACUUUGGUUAAAUUUUUGCUCUUCAAAACUACUGAAUGGAAUAGGUUGAAACAUCAUACACUUGUUUUAUGUAAUUAUCUACUAUGAAAGGCACAGACUGCAUUACUCAGAAAUACUUUUUACAGAGUUAAGCUUCUUUUCUGACUGUCAAGCACUGAGAAUAGUCAAGCAUGCUGUCUAAGGAUGACUUUUGUUACACUUAUUUUGGUCACAGUUUCGUUCUUUAUAGACUGUAAAGUUUUUAAGAUUUUUUUAUGAAAAUAAAAUAAAAUUUAUUCAAAAUUUUCUUGUAUUGAAAAAUAAGAUCAUGAUUUUGUUCUAGAAGGACUGCCAGUGCUUUCUUUUUAUUAUUAUUACUAUUAUUCUUAUUUUAUGUAUUCCUUUUAGUGUUUCAUUUUGUAAAAUUGACUUGAUAUGUUUUUUUCUUUUGUGCAAUAAGACUAUAAGUUAUUUUACCUGCAACCUCACAGUGAGACAGUUGUGGUGGGGUGGGGUGAGGUUAAAAUAUCUUAAUAUCUGGGAUGUUCCCUGGAUAUUAUACCCUGAUAUAUGGGAUGCUCUGGGAUAUCCUGAUAUAUGGGAUGUCCUGUGUUAUCCAGAUAUAUGGGAUGCCCUGUGUUAUCCUGAUAUAUGGGAUGUCCUGGGAUAUCCUGAUGAUAUAUGGGAUGCCCUGGUAUAUCCUGAUAUAUGGUAUGCCAAGGGAUAUCCUGAUAUAUGGGAUGCCCUGUGUUAUCCUGAUAUAUGGGAUGCCCUGGGAUAUCCUGAUAUAUGGGAUGCCCUGGGAUAUCAUGAUAUGGGAUGCCCUGUGGUAUCCUGGUAUAUGAUGACCUAGGAAUAUCCUGAUAUCUUGGAUGCCCUCUGAGGGUAACCUGAUAUUUGAGAUGCUUUGGGUAGGGUUAUCCUGAUAUCUGGAAAUUCUCACAAAUAUCCUGGCCUCCUGGAUAUGAUACUUCAUGACUUUAUCUUAUAAUUAAUGUACUCAGGAAAUCCUGAUAUUUAGGUUGAAACAGAGAUAUCAUGGUAUCUGAAAUGUCAUGCAGAUCUGGGAUUGUAUUAAAUAUAAAAAGGCAAAUACAAAGGGUAAUGGAUUUAAAGUAAACAAUAAUGACAUAUAUAACACUCCUACAUAUGUGAAAUCAUUAGUUUCAGAAGAUUUAUAUAGGUAUUACGUCCACUGAAAGCCUAUGAUUUCAAUUUUCUCCACUUUGUUUUUAUGGCUCUGAAAUGAAUCAACAUCCCCAUUUUUGAAUUUCUAUAUUCACAAUAGCAUUAGUUUAGUGUUGUGUGAAAAGGGUAAUUAAGAUAUGUGUACUUUGAAUGUAAUAAUAUGUUUCAGGUCCUUCUGGAUAAUUUCAAUAGACUAAUAUGUUUGAAUGUUUUUUAUGUUGAUAAGUUUAAGGAGAUUAAGGCUAACAUUUUGUGUCCUCUGUUCUCUCUAAUAAUGUUAUAAUUUUAGACUUAUUUGUGCACAUAUGCAAAGCAUUACUAUGUUAGUUUGUACUGAUAUUCUUGUUCAAUUUGUCCCAUGAUUAGAGAUAUGGUAGCAAUAUGUUUUUUUUUGUUUCUUUUAUAUAUCAACAUAUCACAUUUUCUUUAACUGCAAUGGUGGCAACUGGAUUUACCAAUCCAUUCUAUCUGAUCAUUAUCUGCACUGUUCACUGUUCAGUUAGUACGUUUUUGUUUAAUUUUCCCUUAAAGCAGCACUCCACCAGAUUCAUGUUAAUUUUCAUGAAAAUUUUGGUAAUGCAUUUGAAAGUAAAAUAUUGUGAGGUGAACAAAGAAAAAAAGUAAUUUACAUAUUGCAUUCGGCACAAAGAAUCCAAGAAAAUUACCAAAAAGUUGUCAUCAUAUGCAAAAAUAGCUCUUACUGCGUUCUUAACAUCAGUAGAAAUAUGGUAAUAAAAUACUGCAGAAUCAGUGUUAAACCGCACAUAACAUGAAAAAUAUAACUUGGAUCUUGAAUGUUUUUACUUUUCUUAAAGUUUUAGUACAUUUUUCUCAAUAUUGAUUUUCUUGAAAUAUUUUGGCUCAUAUGGAUGUGUGCAGCUUUAAAAAUUAUGAAUGGUUUUCUCCAGAUCUAAAAAUAGACUGGUCCAUUUGAUAUAAUUAGCUUGAUCAGGGUUAACAACAAUUGUAUGUCAUUUUACUUAUUUUUACUGAUUUUCCUUCUCAAACAUUUGAUAAAGAAGUAUUUUUUAUAAUCAUUAAAAUGGUCAACUUUUUGAGGUAAUCUUUUAAUCACAGAACUGAUUUUUUUUCUUUGUUCAAAUAAGCAUGAUUUAUUUGAUUACUGAUUUUUCAGGCACAAAACACCUUCUAAAUGAUACUACCUACAUGUAUAAAGAGUUGUUUACCCUAUUAGUAAAGAGGCUCAUCAAUCUGGUGAAACAAUUAUAUUGUUUUAAGUGAGGGUAAAUAAUUGGUCUCUUAUUGAAGGUCUGUAGUACCAUAGAUAUUUAUGUUGAUGACAUUUUGUAUCAUACGUAACAACAAGCCACAUAAGAAUUACAUGGAUGGUGUUGCUAAGUGUAAGCUACAUGGUGCGCUAUCUAUGUGUGAUAAAUUGUUCUUUAAACAAAGUAUUCAUCAUAUAAAUGUUUGUACUCAAUUUUUGUCAAGCAACAUGAAUAUCAGAAGAUAUAUUGUUAUAGUUUUUAUCAGUAUUGGAAAUAUUUACAGAAAAUGAGUCCAUUGUACGACAAGUCCACCUUAAUAAAUUUGAGACUUAUGUCCCUGAAAUUACAAACGGACUGUUCCAUUGUCAAAGUAGGCUUAGCCCGUUUAUAUACGUUCAUUGUUAAAUCAAGUUAAAUCAAGUAUGAAUUGGCUGUGAGUGCAUCCUGUAGUAAAAACUUUUGCUAUCUGGAGAUUGACCUUAGUUGCUUGAUCAAAAAUUGUUCAAAAGAAGGCAUUAAUAAUUGUAUGGUUAAUAUCGCAGGUAGAAGUAAAGUUGUUCUUAUCUUCCAAUGCUCUACUUGCUGGAACUGAAAGUACUUGCUGGUGCUGAAAGCCCCUGACCAGCCCCUGAUAUCACCAGUACAGAUAAAAACCACUGGCUCUGACUGGGCUUAAUACUGAAGGUUGAUAAAUCUUGUAUUUUGAUGUUAAAAUCCCUUCAACUGCAGAUGUACUGUUUCAAGUAAAAAGAAGGGUUACACCAUAACAUAAAUUCAGAAGGUACAUAGUUAACAACUUUGAUAUUGGCUUCAUGACAGAAGCGAAAAAACCACACAACUUUUCUCUGUUCUAGUACGAUUAACCAAGUAACAUUGUAUAUAUAUAAUCGAUACUGGCUGGUAUGUGGAAAUAAGGAAAAGCAUUGAAAAUACCGAAAGAAACGUAAAUUCUCUUUAAAAAUUAUUUUUAAAAAGAACAACAACUCUGAUAUAAUAAACUUAGCAUUAAAUGGUUUAAUGGAUUGAUAAAUACUGAUUUAAGAUUUCACCAUGUAAUGCUGCUUUGUCCGACCGGCUAAGUGAGAGAUAGAGUGCUUUAAAGCAUUUUAUCUUAUAUUUACUUGCCAAAAUACAACAUUUUAAUGUAUAAUAUGAUUUAUAAUUAUCCUUGCAUAAUUCUUUUCACAUAUGUUAUAGAGGAUUUAUGUUUAGUUUGGCGUUUUUUCCUUUUUUCAAUGUUUUUUUCAGUAUUUCCAUGUACCAGAUUUUGACAAAAUUUAAACUAAUACUAGGAAUGCUGUUAUUUUUGUAAGAAAAAUGAAUUUAGUGUUGUCUUUCCGAUAGUGGCCAAAUAAUGUAUAGAGAGGAAAGAAUUGACUAUUAAUAUAUAUUUUUUACUUGUUCUUAUAAUGCUAUUUUUAUGUCAUUUUUUAAAAGAAAAAACUAUAUAAGGACUGUUGCAUUGUGUUAUUGUAAUAAUAUGUGUGUUAAAUGUACCAAUAAAAUGACAAGGAAUAAACCUGUCAAACAAGAUAAGACCACGUGAUAUAUAUCAUAGGACAAUGCUCUAAAAUA